UCCAAGUUAGCAGAUGGUGUAAGAAGCAAUGAUGGCAUACCAUGCCUUCCAAACAAGACUUUGAACGUCGGAUCAAGUUCAUUCGGUUCCCAGAACAAUAAGGAGGACGGGUUACAAGCUGUCAGCAGUCAGCAUGGGAAGAUGGAUGCUGAUUCAAAGUCUGGGAAAGGUGAGGAUGGUUUGCAAGCUAUCAGCAGUGAGCAUGAGAAAAUGGAAGCUGAUUCCAAGUCUGAGGAAGCUAAGAAUGGCUUGCAAGCUAUCAAUAGUCAGCAUGGGGAAAUGGGAGCUGAUUCCAAGUCUGAGGAAGUUAAAACUGAUUCUGAUGGAUCUGGCCAGGAGAAGGCGGUAUUCAAGAAGCCAGAUGCCAUCCUGCCCUGUCCACGGUGUGACAGUACGAACACAAAGUUCUGCUACUUCAACAAUUACAGCCCAGACCAACCCAGGCACUACUGCCGGGGCUGCAAGAGGUACUGGACUCACGGGGGAACUUUGAGGAAUGUCCCUGUAGGUUGCAAGCGCAGAAACAAGGAACCAUAUAAACGCCAUUUUCCCACCCAGCCUUAUGAUUAUACCACAGCUGCUAAUGGACAUGUUCCUGCCACAUCUAGCAGCCAAUCUGUUCGUCCAGGUCCAGCAAAAGAAAAUGAAGCAAUUGCAGCUUCUGGAUCAGAAGUGGUGCUUCCUAAGUCUACAUCUCCAGUACCUGAUACUACAGAGCAGAAGAACACCACCCAUGUUUCCUUGGGCCCUGGUGACGAUAAGGAACAAAAAUCAGGCCUACCACCUGCAGUGGCAUCUGGUUCCUCAGAAAAUCCAGUGCCAGAAAAGGUGGGCAAUUACAUUUCAGGGUACCGUAAUGGCGUGACAGUGCCUCCUCCCCUCACUCAGUCUUACCCUGCUGCUGUCACGGCGUAUACUGACUUCUCAACAGAUGGUGCUCAAGGGUUGGGACAUAGUGAGGUCAGUCCUCUUUCAUUGCUGCUAUCAACGAUGUCAGACCUAGGGAUUCGUGCACCUGCUGUUCCCUUCCCUCAGCCUCAAGUAGCACCUCCUUUCUGGGGCCGCAAUCCUGGCUGGCCUAAUGGAGCGUGGAGUGUGCCACGGCCUGCAAGUAGUGUCACUACAAUGCCAUAUCCUCCUCAAAACAGUGCUACAAUGCCAUAUCCUUCUCAAAAUACAAUGCCAAGUCUUCCUCAAAAUACAAUGCCAUAUCCUUCUCAAAAUACAAUGCCAAGUCUUCCUCAAAAUACAAUGCCAUAUCCUUCUCAAAAUACAAUGCCAAGUCUUCCUCAAAAUACAAUGCCAUAUCCUUCUCAAAAUACAAUGCCAAGUCUUCCUCAAAAUACAAUGCCAUAUCCUUCUCAAAAUACAAUGCCAAGUCUUCCUCAAAAUACAAUGCCAUAUCCUUCUCAAAAUACAAUGCCAAGUCUUCCUCAAAAUACAAUGCCAUAUCCUUCUCAAAAUACAAUGCCAAGUCUUCCUCAAUUUUCAAUGCCAUAUCUUCAAGGCAGUUUUACAAUGCCAAAUCUUGCUCAAGGCAGUGUUACAAUGCCACAUCUUGCUGAAAACAGUGUUGCUAGUUCAGGAAGCAGUUCUUUGACUUUGACUUUAGGAAAGCAUCCAAGGGAAGCUGAUUCGCAGGAAGAAGAAAAGGCAGAAGAGACAUUCUGGGUCCCUAAAGCUCUCAGAAUCACUGACCCGGAGGAGGCUGCAAAGAGCUCAAUCUGGGACUCUCUAGGUAUCAAGCCUGAUAAGAGACUCUUUUGCAAGUGUUGCCACUCGAAGAAUCUGAAAAAUGGAAAGACACCAGAAUCUCCAGAGUCUGUGCAGGCCAAUCCAGCAGUUUUUUCUGGCCCCUCAGACAUUUCAGGGGAGGACCUGCAUAUGUGAUAUCAUACCCCUUAGACAUUUCAGGUGCAGAAGCAAAAGAAGAUACCGGAGGAUGGUCAAUUUUCCUUCAAGUGUUUUUCUUGAACUUAUGUGCUGGUAAUCGCAGCACUUCGACAAUCAACUCAAACCUGGCAAAGACUUCGCCAGUUUUCCUUUUUUUUUCCUGUCGAAUAUUUAGAUUGGUCUGAAGUUUCUGACUGCCCACAGGAGUGCUUAUGCAAAUACUUUAGGCCUGUGAGUUCAUGUCUAGAAAGACUUCUAGUUGGCACCGGUUAAAGUUUUAGUGUAGCUUUGUUGAGGUCAUGGAGUGAGGUAACUUAGGUUCAUGAGCGCAUGCAGAGGGACAAUCACCAUUAGCUUGUAUAUGGUUCUGCUGGCGUUU